GAAUACAACAACAGGGAGCAAAAUGACAACUAUAGCAGUUGAGGCGGCGUUGAAAAUGCUGGUUACCUUUCUUGCAAAUGAAGCUCAAUCAAUGGCCGAUGUUCGCCUAAGAGUGAGUAAUUUGAAGGAUGAUUUGGAUUACAUGAAUUCUUCCCUGCAGAUUGCGGAAUCAAUAAAUGAAAAAGACGGCGGGCUGAAGACAUGGGUGAAGCAAGUCAGAGACGUGGCUUAUGAGACUGAAGACGUUGUGGAAGAGUUCCUGCUUCUUUUGACCCCACCAUCUCAUCACUUCCUAAGAACAUGGCUCUUUCAUCUGCAAGGUCUGAGAACAAGGCACCUCUUAUCUGAUAAGAUAAAACUCAUUCACUUGAAGAUGAAAGGAAUCAAAGAAAGAAGAGAGACCUUUUCUCUUCCGAGUACACAAGUUGAAUUAGGAGGUAUGCACCUUAGACUUGAUGCUCUAUUUAUUGAUGAUACUGCUGUUGUGGGAAUUGUUAAUUCUAAAAGCCAAUUGAUUUCAUUGCUUAACGAGGGAGAUAAGAAUCUACUUAUAGUCACCGUGGUAGGGAUGGGAGGCGUUGGAAAGACCACUCUUGUGAGGAAAGUCUACGAGAGUCGAGAGGUUAAGGGCAACUUUGAUUGUCAAGCUUGGAUUACUGUUUCCCAGUCAUUUACUACCUUGGAACUUCUUCGAGCUUCCUUGAAGAGCUUUAAAGAAACAAAAAAUGAAGAAGUAGACAAGAUGGACAUGAUUCAAUUGAUCGAUACAUUGAAGAAUUAUCUGCAACAAAAGAGGUACAUUAUCGUGUUUGAUGAUAUUUGGAGGGUUGAGGCGUGGAAUCAUGUUAGAUAUGCAUUUCCUUGCUGUUCGUGUGGGAGUAGGAUCAUCUUCACUACACGUAACGGAGACAUAGCCUCGUUAACCGAAACCAAUAAUCACAUGUUCAAUCUCAAUCCUUUGUCUGUCGAAGAGUCUUGGACUCUUUUCUGCAUGAAGGCUUUUCGAGGUGAUGAAUACAAAGGUGUUUGUCCCGAAGAGAUGCACGAAAUCUCGUGGAGAAUGAUGGAAAAGUGCGGAGGACUGCCUCUUGCAAUUGUAGCCCUUGGGGGUUUGCUGGCUAGAAAGGAUAAACAUGAUCUCGAAUGGCAGAAAAUUCUUGAAAGCCUAUCUCCUGAUACGAGAAUCAUCUCCGAACUUGAGAGUCUAGAGAAGAUAUUAUUACUGAGUUACAACGACUUGCCAAAUCAUCUCAAAUGUUGCAUCUUGUACACAAGCAUGUUUCCGGAGGAUUAUCAAAUCAGGAGAUCGAGACUCAUUCGUCUAUGGGUGUCCGAAGGAUUCGCGGAAGACAGACCAGGAGGAUAUACCCGUGAAAAGGUUGCUGAGAGCUACUUAAAUGAAUUGGUAAACAGAAAUAUGAUUCAAAUAGUUUUGAAAGACAAUUUCAACCGGGUAAAGACUUGUCAACUUCACGAUGUUUUGCGCGACGUUCUUCAAAGGAAAUCCAGAGACGAGUCAUUUUCCAUUGUGUUGAAAGAUGAAAAACUAAUACAAUCAAGUGAGAAGAUUCACCGUGUAGCAAUCUAUGAGAAUUUUCAAGGAGCCAAGAGAUCACUAUUCAAAUGCCUUCGAUCCUUACUUCUGUUUCCUAUCUCGGAAGAUGUUGUUGGUACUGUUAAUGGUAAUCGUAAAUUGUUAAAGACGUAUUUAUAUGGUUGUCGAUCGUUGAGGGUGGUGGAGCUGGAAAGGGUACCGCUUGUCUAUUUCCCUGAAGAGUUAACUGAAUUGAUUCACUUGAAACACUUGAGCUUGAGGAGGACUUAUAUAUCAAAUAUUCCCGAGUCUAUAAGAAAGUUGAGGUGUCUAGAGAUACUUGAUCUCCAAUUUUGUUAUAUAGAAUAUCUGCCACAGGGGAUCCUAGAUUUGAAGAAUCUUCGUCAACUGUGUUUCUCUAGAGCUGUUAAAGUUCCCUCCAAGAUAGGAAAUUUGACAAAGUUAGAGAAAUUGAUUUCGUUUGAAGUGGGUCGGAAGAAUGUAAAAGAAAUUGGAAAGUUGACAAAUUUAAGGAGUCUAGGUGUUCUGAAUCUAACUCAACAAUACUGGACGCAUCUAUCCCUCACGUUAGAGAAAUUGAAGCGUCUAACUGCUUUAUACCUUGAUUCACACGAUACAGCUCCCAAUACCUUGAAGCGUCUUUCUCUAACUUGCUCAUCUCCUCCACUACUUUUGCAGCGCCUUUGCCUAUAUGCCACUUUACAAAGUGUGCCUAGCUGGAUCAUUGAACUUAGAUACCUUGGAAAAUUAGUUCUCGGGAAUUCUAGGCUCGAGAAUGAUCCACUAAGAGCACUUCAGGGAUUGGAAAACUUGGUAGUGCUUCAUCUCCUAGAAGAAUCUUAUUCGGGAGAGGAAUUAAGUUGUGAUAUUGAAGGAAACUAUCCAAAGCUUAAGGAGCUCCACCUUAGUGAAAUGUGGUCUUUGAAGAGAAUAGUGUUGACAGAAGGAGCUAUGCCUAGGCUAAGAGAGCUACAACUCAAAAGAUGUCUAAGUCUAGAAACGGUACCCACAGGGACAGAACAUCUCAGAGACUUGCAAUAUCUGUCUUCGUUGGAGAUGCCUUCUAUAUUCUCACAAAAUAUAAGAGGACCAGAUGGUCAAGAUUUUUGGAAAGUUGAGCAUAUUCCAAUAAUUAAAAUAGUUUCAUCUCAUAUAUAUAUUCUUUAA